AUAUACCCACUAUCUAAUAUAAAAGAUAGGAACAACUACUGGGGAAUCGGAACAGAAGGUAUAAAAUUAUAAUGAAAAUAAAUUAAUUAAAUACAGUAUGAAAUAUUUACUUAUUUUAGUAAUUGGGAAUACAUAGGAUAUUUUCUGGAUAGCGGGCAUUAUCUGUUACAUGAACAUAAUAUACCCCUUGUGCUCGAAAAGCUCCCUCUCCCACCCAUUUAUCUUCCCAGAGCGAGAGAGAAAGUAAAAGAGCGAGCGUUGUAAGUGUGUGGGGGUUUUGGCGAGAGUAAGAGGUGUGAGAGAAAGCUUCCGUGGCUUUUGUAAUCUUCAACGUAUUAUGUCAAAGCAAGUGGUUACUUGACCAUUCGAUCAGCUAAUGGAGCUAUUAACGGAACUUUGGAGCAGAUGAAAAAAUACACAAGUGUUUUUAUCCGCUGUUUUUAAACAACUUUUAUAGGACUUAUUUUAAGAUCUCAUAUGUAAAUAUGACGAAUUAAAUGUUGAUAUUGCUUUAUGGUUUUUGAGCCACUCUUAAGCAUUUUCUGUGAUAUUAAUAUUAUAAUACAUCACAUCGAAUAUUUUAAAUGCGAAAAUACAACUACUUAUUGAUAUCCUACCAAUCCGAGAAAAGCGGACGUUUUCCAUUGCCCCUUUUAAAAUAAAAAGUGAAUGGGACACUCCUUUUUUAAAAGAAAUAAUAGGUCUUUAAUUUACCUACAAAUACUGAAUUCACUGGCGAUAUCGAGUCCACCUAGAGCUUUAGUCCAUGGGUUUUUGGGGGUUACUGGUAAGGAGAAAUGUCCCUUUCACGCCACUUUCACUUUGGUUACUCCAAUGGAUCUGUCCCUCUAUGAAAGCCGCUCUUUUCUGGAUUCAGAAAAUCUGAAAAGACAAUAGCAAGUGACAGGUUUUCAUGACAGAACUAUUUGGAAUGAGCAACCACAACAGAUAAUUGCACAAUUGUCAGUGUCAGACUUUUGCCACCUCUCCACUCGCACUGUGCCGUGUGUUUCCAAUGAGGAAUGUAAUUGGAUUAGGCAGCAACCAAGUCCGAGACCCAGUCUCAGUUUCAGUCCCAAUUGCAACGGGAACACUGGGUAGUGCACCAGAUUGCCACGAAUGCGUUGUCCGAGCGGCAGGAUUGCAUAAUCUGGAACCAUGAGCAGGGAAAAUCGCUCGAAAAUCGCAUUCAAGCGAAAAACGAGCAUCGGGAACAAGAGUGGCCAGUUAAUGGAUUACGAACGCAUCCGCGGGGAGUUGGAAGCGGUGGUCCCAAGCCCACCUCCUCCUCCAGUUGUGCCACCUAGUGCAUCCCUAGGAAAACUUAAGAUUAAGUUGAGUUCUGCCAAGAUUUCACUACGAAAGAACUCGCAGACUCCGCAGAAUAAUCUGCAAACAGCUCCCUUACCAGACGCAGUGCGUCGCAAAUCAGCACCACAGCUUUUUACCUUCAGCAUUGCCCCAAAGAGCGAAGCUAAUUCGAAAAUACAACUACCCUCAGUGCCUAAGCUACCGGGCUUAGCACCAAAGAGCUCCAUCCGAAGGUCGAGGACGUUGGGUUUGUCGAAUGGUGUCCAAGCAGGGACAUCAGGGACAGGGUUGUCCAGUGUGGAAUUCGGAGUGCAGGAUAGGGACAGUGGCAGUGAGCCCACUAGCAGCUUGGCUGGAGGCGGUAGCUCUACUUCCCCGGAAUCCCUACUCGAUAACAUACUCAGCGGGGCCUCCUCCGUUUCCGUACAAAGUAGUAGCAGCAGCCAGGCCAGCAAUGCUACGGUGGCACACCCCAUAAAAGCGAAGGAGCAACUGCAUCCCAAAAGGCUACUCAGCCUGAAGGCUUCUCCGGAGUUGAGGGUGUCUCCCCCAACUCCAGAUACUGCUCAACCACAGGUACAGAUGCUACCUCAACUUUUGCUUGCAAUGUCUCCAAGACCAGAGGUCUUCGAUGCACCAUCACCACUGACCAGGAGUCCCACCCGAUCUCCCGCAAUCUCACCCCCCGUUUCACCAUCACCCAGCAUUACUCUGAGACCCAGUACUCCUUCCGAGAACCCUAUAAUCUUCACAGAUGAUCUCAAGUGCGGCAUCUGCAUGGAUGUUUACACUGAUCCCAGGACACUGCACUGCUUGCAUUCCUUUUGUCUCCAAUGUCUGGUCAGCGAGAACUUCAAGGACGAAUCCAUAUGGGAACAGGAUCAAGCCCGCAGCGAGGAGCCCUCGAACUAUAGUUUAAGAUCGGAGAUGGGUGGAUCUAGUGCGGAGCUUACUGCGACAGUAUCACCCGCCAGGCAGCGAGGAGCCAGUUUUACUUUGAGAAGGAAGAAGUCCAUGGAUCGCCUGGUGAUUAGGUCUAAAAGUGAAGGAAAGCGAUCGACCAGUUCCAUCGGCACCCGAUUCACCGGAAGCUUUGCGAGCGAGGUAUCCACCCGCUGCAUCCGCUGCCAUACCUGCACCUAUCCCACGGAUCUCCCGAUUGGAGGAGUUCGUCAGCUGCCACAGAACUAUUUGCUGGUGAGACGCAUAGAGGCCUUGCGACUACAGGCUGGGGAGGAUGUGAUCUCCAGGGUUUGGUGUUCCCUUUGCACAGAGGAGAUCAGCGCCACUUACCACUGCAUUAGCUGCACUUUAAACCUGUGCACCUUGUGCAAGGAGGCACACGAGAGGCAAAGGAGCACCGCAAGCCACCGUAUGAGAAGCAUCCUGGAGCUCAGACGCGCCAGAAAGCAAAAGCAACAGCAGAUGGGAUUGGGAGACAGUAGUAAACUAGUGCUACGAUGUGGAAUUCAUACCAACUUCGAACUAAAGGCAUUCUGCAGCCAAUGCCGGCAACUGGCCUGCACCGACUGUUUGGUGCUCCUCCACAAAGGUCAUCGACAUGAGACCAUAUCCCGGGCAAUUGGACAUCAAGGAAAACUGCUCAAAGAAGCUACAGAUCAAACGCGUCCCCUCUGUCAGUAUGCGGAGCACUCCAUCGAAAGGUUGAAUGCCAUAGCGCGCGGAAUCAACGACAGGUGUGAUGACAUCCAGAGUCAAGUGGAGCGGUAUAUGCAGCAGUACAUGGAGGCCCUGGCAGUCCAUCGCAAGACUCUGCUCCAGCAAAUCAGCAGAGCCAGGGAGUCCAAAGUGGAGGUGGUUCUCAAGCAGCAACUUGAUUUGGAGAAACGCACUCAGCAGGCCAUGGAUGCGGUAAGGUUCAGCCAAGAACUGUGCGAGAUUGGUGCCGAUGUGGAGAUUCUAAGUUAUGUGACUAUACUUCUAAGGCGUUUGGAGUACUGUCAGCAAUUCAAACCACCCGUGGAUCCCAAGAUAUCCGACUCGCUUCACUUCCUCCCAAAAAUCCGCGCUCCGUCGACGAGGGACCAGCGGGAUAUCCCUCUCUAUGGCAUCAUCACCAUGCAGGUGGUGGAGCCUGGUUUAUGCACCUUGGAAUGGGAGGGAUUUUCGCAGCUGCGCCUCCACAAAAAAGCAGAUCUUCUGCUGCACUCUAGAGAUGCGGAUGGGGUUUCCCUCUGCCACGGUGGCCUGGAGAUCAACUGCAUGCUCAAGUACAAGGACUCGAGCUCCAAGUUCCUACCCGUGGAGGUGUCGGACAAUCGGGAUGGCACCUACAACAUCUCCUUUACUCCGGAUGCCCAGGGCACAUUGAUUCUUACAAUCACCAUUAACGACAGGCCCAUCAAGGGAGGUCCUUUCACCUUUCAGGCGCGUCAGGUUCGGCCGCAUACGGGCAUCUACCACUGCUGCUCCUUCUGUUCCGGAAAGGGCAACCGGAACGUCAUGUGCUCGUGUGAGGGUCGCAUGCCUGGAUAUAGUGGCUGUGGUCAUGGACAUGCUGGACAUCCAGGGAGGCGACACUGGUCCUGCUGCGGUAAUGUCCUAGAGAACUCGGAAUGCAAUGUUGCCAACAAACUGUUAAAUAAUUGAUUAAUAAUAUAUCCGGCUUAAAAACGAACUAAUAAACAUAUAGUCAGGA